CACUGCAGAGUGAGUCUCCAUCAGCUGGGCUGGAUUUUUGUGUGUUGGAGGCUUAAAGACGCCUCUCUGUCAGCAAAAGGGCUCUUUUCUCCCUGUGUGGCUGGAGGGAGAGGGUGGCUCAGGGCGUGGGCAUGGAAGCCUCCUCUGCAACAUAGGAAGGGGCAGGAUCCGCCCUGGUGAGCCCCCUGCCAUGAGCUGAGAGCAGCCUUUUCAGAGAGAAUUAAAGCUGGGAGGAAGAACAUCAGCAUGGCCCAGACCAAGAGGCACACGUACAGCCGGGCGUCGAGCGCCAGCGCCAGGAUGAGCGUGGAAGUGAGCGGCAAGCCCCUGAAAGUGGGCUCUCGGGUGGAAGUCAUCGGGAAAGGGUACCGUGGGACGGUGGCCUAUGUGGGUGCCACGCUCUUUGCCACUGGGAAGUGGGUGGGCGUCAUCCUGGACGAAGCGAAAGGCAAGAACGAUGGCAUGGUGCAGGGCAGAAAGUACUUCACCUGCGAGGAGAACCACGGCAUCUUUGUGCGACAGUCGCAGAUCCAGGUUUUUGACGAUGGCGCAGAAACAACGUCCCCGGAGACGCCGGAGUCUUCCGCUUCGAAGGUCCCCAAGAGAGAUUCUUCGGAAGGUCCCAAAGCCAGCAAGCUGCGUGGAGUGAAACCUAAAAAGCAGGCCGCAACUGCACGGAAGACCACCACCAGGAGGCCCAAGCCCACCCGGACGGCCAGCUCAGCAGCCUCCAGCGGCACAACGGGGCUCUCGGGCUCAGCUUCUGCCUCGGCCGGCGAGAUGAGCAGCAGUGAGCCAAGCACUCCUGCGCAGACGCCUCUGGCUGCUCCCGUGGUUCCCACGCCGUCACUGACUUCUCCCGUGGCUCCGCCAUCAAUCCUGUCACCUACCAAGGAGGAGGAGAACCUGCGCAGCCAGGUGCGAGACCUGGAGGAGAAGCUGGAGACCCUCAAGAUGAAGCGGAACGAGGACAAGGCCAAGCUGAAGGAGCUGGAGAAGUACAAGAUCCAGCUGGAGCAGGUCCAGGAGUGGAAGAGCAAAAUGCAAGAGCAGCAGGCAGAGCUCCAGAAGCGCCUGAAGGAGGCCAAAAAGGAAGCCAAAGAGGCCUUGGAGGCCAAAGAGCGCUACAUGGAGGAGAUGGCUGACACGGCUGACGCCAUCGAGAUGGCCACUCUGGACAAGGAGAUGGCAGAGGAGCGGGCAGAGUCCCUGCAGCAGGAGGUGGACUCCCUGAAGGAGAAGGUGGAGUACCUCACCAUGGACCUGGAGAUCCUGAAGCACGAGAUCGAGGAGAAGGGAUCUGACGGCGCUGCCUCCAGUUACCACGUCAAGCAGCUGGAAGAGCAGAAUGGCCGGCUGAAGGAGGCGCUGGUGCGGAUGCGGGACUUGUCUGCCUCCGAGAAGCAGGAGCACGUCAAGCUCCAGAAGCACAUGGAGAAGAAGAACACGGAGCUGGAGACGCUGCGGCAACAGAAGGAGAAGCUUCAGGAGGAGCUGAAGCAGGCGGAGAGGACCAUCGACGAGCUGAAGGAGCAGGUGGAUGCUGCUCUGGGGGCUGAGGAGAUGGUGGAGACGCUGACCGAGAGGAACCUGGACCUGGAGGAGAAGGUCCGGGAGCUUCGCGAGACGGUUUCAGACCUGGAAGCCAUAAACGAGAUGAACGAUGAGCUUCAGGAGAACGCCAGGGAGACAGAGCUGGAGCUGCGAGAGCAGCUGGACAUGGCGACUGCCCGGGUGCGAGAGGCGGAGAAGCGCGUGGAGGCGGCUCAGGAGACGGUGGCCGACUACCAGCAGACCAUCAAGAAGUAUCGGGAGCUGACUGCGCACUUGCAGGAUGUUAACCGGGAGCUGAUGAACCAGCAAGAGGCCUCUGUGGAGAGGCAGCAGCAGCCUCCGCCUGAAAUGUUUGACUUCAAGAUUAAAUUUGCGGAGACCAAAGCUCACGCCAAGGCCAUCGAGAUGGAGCUGCGCCAGAUGGAGGUUCACCAGGCCAACCGCCACGUCUCCCUCCUCACCUCCUUCAUGCCGGACAGCUUCCUGCGUCAUGGCGGGGACCACGACUGCGUCCUGGUGCUGCUGCUCAUCCCACGGCUCAUCUGCAAGGCCGAGCUGAUCAGCAAGCAGGCCCAGGAGAAGUUUGAGCUGAACGAGAACUGUGCCGAGCGCGCUGGCCUCCGGGGGGCGCCAGGGGAGCAGCUGAGCUUUGCUGCCGGGCUGGUGUAUUCCCUCAGCCUCCUGCAAGCCACUCUGCACAAAUAUGAGCAGGCCUUGAACAAAUGCAACGUGGAGAUCUACAAGAAAGUGGGGACCCUGUACCCCGAGAUGAGCGUGCACGAGAGGUCCCUGGACUUCCUGAUUGAGCUGCUGCACAAGGACCAGCUGGAUGAGACCGUCAACGUCGAGCCCUUGACCAAAGCCAUCAAGUACUAUCAGCACCUGUACAGCAUCCAUCUGGCUGACCAGGCGGAGGACUGCACUAUGCAGCUGGCUGACCACAUCAAGUUCACCCAGAGUGCCUUGGACUGCAUGAGUGUGGAGGUGGGCAGGCUGCGGUCCUUCCUGCAGACCGGGCAGGAGGUGUCCGAUUUUGCCAUCCUCCUGAAGGACCUGGAGACCUCCUGCAGCGACAUCCGGCAGUUCUGCAAGAAGAUCCGGCGCCGCAUGCCUGGCACCGACGCCCCCGGCAUCCCUGCAGCGCUCGGCUUUGGACAGCAGGUCGCAGACACGCUGCUGGAUUGCCGCAAGCACCUGACGUGGGUGGUGGCUGUGCUGCAGGAGGUGGCGGCUGCAGGGGCUCAGAUGAUUGCCCCUCUGACGGAGAACGAGGGUCUCCAGGCCGUGAAGCUGGAAGACCUGGCCUUCAAGGCCAGCGAGCAGAUCUACGGCACGCAAGGCAUCAACCCCCACGAGUGCCUGCGGCAGUCCUGCAACAUCCUGAUUGCCACCAUGAACAAGAUGGCCACGGCCAUGCAGGAGGGCGAGUACGAUGCAGACAAGCCUCAGGCCAAGUCUCCUCCUCCGGUGGAUCUGCGGGCAGCCGCCUUGCGGGCGGAGAUCACAGAUGCUGAGGGUCUGGGGCUGAAGCUGGAGGACCGAGAGACGGUCAUCAAGGAGCUGAAGAAGUCCCUCAAAAUCAAGGGCGAGGAGCUGAGCGAGGCCAACGUCCGCCUGAGCCUCCUGGAGAAGAAACUGGACAGCUCCUCCAAGGACGCGGAUGACCGGGUGGAGAAGAUCCAGACCAAGCUGGACGAGACCCAGGCUCUGCUGAAGAAGAAGGAGAAGGAGUUUGAGGAGACGAUGGACGCCCUGCAAGCAGACAUUGACCAGCUGGAGUCCGAGAAGCAGGAGCUGAAGCAGCGGCUCAGCAACCAGUCCAAGCGCACCAUUGAGGGCCUCCGUGGGGUCGGUCCCUCGGGAGUGGCUUCCGUCAUCUCUGGCAUCACCGGAGAGGAACAGCAGAGAGGUGUGGGUGCUGGCCAGGUGAUGAUGGCCGGCUCAGGCCCUGUGCAGGUCAAGGACUCCCCUCUCCUCCUCCAGCAGAUCGAUGCUAUGCAGCUGUCCAUCAAGCAUCUCAAGAACGAGAACAACCGCCUCAAGGGAGCCCAGAUGAGGCGGGAGCUGGCCUCGCUGACCCCGCUGCGGGUGCCCAAGCUGUCUCUCGCCAAGGAUAGGCAAGGGGAGGAGGUGGUCUCCAGCUCUCUCUACCGCAAGACCAGCCAGCUGCUGGAGACCCUUCACCAGAUGAGCGCCAACACCAAAGUGGUGGACAUCACGCGGCAGAGGACAGCCACCAGCCCAGCAGCCCAGCUCCUGGAGCAAAUGACCCGCCUGAAGUCACUGAGCGAAACCAUCGACAAACUGAAGGAUGAAGUCCUGAAGGAGACUGUCCUCCAGCAGCCCGGAGCCAACGUCCUGACCGACUUUGGCACCUUCCCCUCAGCCCCCUUCCUCAAGGCCAAAGAGGAGCAGAAGGACGACACCGUCUACAUUGGCAAAGUGACCUUCCCCUGCCAGCCGGGCCACGGCCAGGUCCACAAACUGGUCCUGACGCCUGAGCAGCUGCACAAGCUCCACGCCCGCCUCAUCUCCUAAGAGGGUCUCCCCCCCCCCCGCCCCCUUCCGCCACUGCCUCUCCUCCUACAAGAUGCACACUAAAUAUGCAGACUCUUGUUUGUGCAAGGCCCUCCUGGCACUGCCGACUCUCUGAACGACCUGUGUUUGUCCUGUGCGCCUCCCUCCUCAAACUGGGCAGGCAACUCUGCCCGCAAUGACCACUGUCCUCCUUCCCAGCUCUCACCCUCUCCCUUAGCGAUGGCCACUGCUCCUUCGUGGCUCUCAGGCCAGGCUUUCCCCCCAUUUCAGAUACAGUCCGUUCUGCCCCAAGAGCUUCUCUCUGUGCUGUGGCUUUUCCCUCCCAGGCAACUGCCCCCCUGCCAGCAAGGGAGAAGGGGGGGCACCCUGCUCGCCACCUGCCAGAUGGGGAAGAUGGAGGGAAUGCCAUCGCCAGAUCCAUGCCCUUUACCUGUUUCAUCAGCACCUUCAGUUUCCUUCCUGCUGCAUCUGGGUGCAGCCCCAGACGGCCCAAGCAUGGCAGGGGGUGUCUCUUCCCCUACCCUCUGGGUCUUCCUGGCCUUACUGGGGCACUUGGUUAAGGGUGUUGGAGGUCUCUCUCUGCACACUUCAUCUUGCAGCUCCCUGGCCACAGCCCCUAAGUGCUCUUCUCUUCCUCUGCUGACUUCUGUGGGCUUCUGUGGUGUUGGGAUACUGAGGGCGAGGAGCCAUUUGGAGCCUGGAGAUCCACAAGCACUUUGAGGCAGAAACCUUCUUGCACGUUGACUCCUCGGAGCUCUUGAGAUAAAUAAACUGAACUCUUAAACCAAG